AUGAUGAGGAGAACCGGUUAUAGGUCAUUCAAAGAGAAUCGCCCAUCCUCGUCACAUUGUGAUCGUUUUCAGCAGCUCCUAAUCAUUUCCCUUUUACUUGGCUGUCCCCUUUUGACAUGGUAUUCCUAUUCUUUAUCGAUUCGCCUCGAAAAUCUCAAUUCGAUGCUGAACAAGCUUUCCACCUUACCCGAUGAAUUAUUGGAGGUGCAGACUCGUCUUCAAGCCUUGAGGAUCGAAUUCGAUUUGUCUAGAGAAUCGAUUGAUUUGAAUGCGAUAAAUGAAAAGAAUCGAACAACAAUAGGUGCAGUGGAGUAUGUCAUGGAAAGAUUGGAACAUUUGGGAAAUCGAAUAGAUGAUGAGAGGAAAAGAGUGAAACAGAAUGAAGGUCUUCUCUCAUCGCUGGGAAUUCGUCUAGCCGACAUGGAAGCACUUUGUGUUGAUUCGUGCAAAAAUGGGAGAAGAGCGCAGAAUAAAAUGCCUCCAAAAUCUCGCGUGCAAAAGGAGAUCGGCAGUGAGGGGGAAAGGCUGAGAAUGCGGCAAAUCGUCUUCAAUCGAGUCGGACCCGAACAA